UGGUGCGGCAUCAUGUGAUCACGAGCGCGGGUCACGGGAACGCCUUCGGGGGCGGUGGUCGGUUUCCGCGGAGUCCGACCGCUGCGGGUUAUGGCCAACGUUUCCAAGAAAGUGUCAUGGUCCGGCCGUGACCUCGACGACGAGGAGGCGACGCCACUGCUACAGAGGACAGUGCGGCCGGGCGACGGGACGCCGCUGCUGAACGGGGCAGGGCCCGCCGCGCGACAGGAAGUGAACUUUCCCCAUCCCUUCCCCAAGGAGAUCCCUCACAACGAGAAGCUCCUGUCCCUCAAGUAUGAGAGUUUGGACUAUGACAACAGUGAGAACCAGCUGUUCUUAGAGGAAGAACGACGGAUCAAUCACACGGCCUUCCGAACAGUGGAGAUUAAACGCUGGGUCAUAUGCGCCCUCAUCGGGAUCCUCACAGGUCUUGUGGCCUGCUUCAUCGACAUCGUGGUAGAGAACUUGGCUGGCCUGAAGUACAGGCUCAUCAAAGACAAUAUCGACAAGUUUACGGAGAAAGGUGGACUGUCCUUCUCUCUGCUCUUGUGGGCCACGCUGAACUCUGCCUUCGUGCUCCUUGGCUCUGUGAUUGUGGCCUUUAUAGAGCCAGUUGCUGCCGGCAGUGGGAUCCCCCAGAUCAAGUGCUUCCUCAACGGGGUGAAGAUCCCCCAUGUGGUGCGGCUCAAGACGCUAGUGAUCAAGGUAUCUGGUGUGAUUCUGUCUGUGGUAGGAGGACUGGCAGUUGGAAAGGAAGGACCAAUGAUCCACUCCGGAUCAGUGAUUGCUGCUGGGAUCUCCCAGGGAAGAUCAACGUCACUGAAGCGAGAUUUCAAGAUCUUUGAGUACUUCCGCAGAGACACAGAGAAGAGGGACUUUGUCUCAGCAGGAGCUGCAGCUGGAGUAUCUGCUGCAUUUGGAGCCCCUGUGGGCGGUGUGCUUUUCAGCCUGGAGGAGGGCGCCUCCUUUUGGAACCAGUUCCUGACGUGGAGGAUCUUCUUUGCUUCCAUGAUUUCUACCUUCACUCUCAAUUUUGUUCUGAGCAUUUACCAUGGAAAUAUGUGGGACUUGUCCAGUCCAGGCCUCAUCAACUUUGGAAGAUUUGACUCUGAGAAAAUGGCCUACACCAUCCAUGAGAUUCCCGUCUUCAUCGCCAUGGGCGUGGUGGGUGGCAUUCUUGGAGCCGUGUUUAACGCCUUGAAUUACUGGCUGACGAUGUUUCGAAUCAGGUACAUCCACCGGCCCUGCCUGCAGGUGAUCGAGGCCAUGCUGGUGGCCGCUGUGACAGCCACUGUUGCCUUUGUGUUGAUUUAUUCCUCUCGAGACUGCCAGCCCCUGCAGGGGAACUCCAUGUCCUACCCCCUUCAGCUCUUCUGUGCAGAUGGCGAAUACAACUCUAUGGCUGCAGCCUUCUUCAAUACCCCAGAGAAGAGUGUGGUGAGCCUCUUCCAUGACCCGCCAGGCUCCUACAACCCCAUGACCCUGGGCCUAUUCACCCUGGUUUACUUCUUCCUGGCCUGUUGGACCUAUGGCCUCACUGUGUCUGCUGGUGUCUUCAUCCCAUCCCUACUCAUCGGGGCCGCCUGGGGCCGGCUUUUUGGCAUCUCCCUGUCUUACCUCACAGGAGCAGCAAUCUGGGCAGACCCUGGCAAGUAUGCCCUGAUGGGAGCUGCUGCCCAGCUUGGUGGCAUUGUGAGGAUGACCCUGAGCCUGACAGUCAUCAUGAUGGAGGCCACAAGCAAUGUGACCUACGGCUUCCCCAUCAUGCUGGUGCUGAUGACUGCCAAGAUCGUGGGCGAUGUCUUCAUUGAGGGUCUGUAUGACAUGCACAUCCAGCUACAGAGUGUGCCCUUCCUGCAUUGGGAGGCCCCCGUCACCUCACACUCGCUCACUGCCAGGGAGGUGAUGAGCACUCCGGUGACAUGCCUAAGGAGGAGAGAGAAGGUUGGCAUCAUUGUGGAUGUCCUCAGCAACACAGCAUCCAACCACAAUGGCUUCCCUGUGGUGGAGGACUCAGAGGACACCCAGCCAGCCCGGCUCCAGGGUUUGAUCCUGCGUUCCCAGCUCAUCGUGCUCCUGAAGCACAAGGUGUUUGUGGAGAGAUCCAACAUGGGCCUGGUGCAACGGCGCCUGCGGCUGAAGGACUUCCGUGAUGCCUACCCACGCUUCCCCCCCAUCCAGUCCAUCCACGUGUCACAGGAUGAGCGAGAGUGCACCAUGGACCUGUCCGAGUUCAUGAACCCCUCUCCCUACACUGUGCCCCAGGAGGCCUCCCUCCCUCGGGUGUUCAAACUGUUCCGGGCUCUGGGCCUGCGGCAUCUGGUGGUAGUGGACAACCGCAAUCAGGUGGUGGGGCUGGUGACCAGGAAGGACCUGGCCAGGUACCGCCUGGGGAAGGGAGGCCUGGAGGAGCUCUCAUUGGCCCAGACGUGAGGUCCAGCCCUUUCCUUGGUGGGCAGUGGCACCCCUGGUCCCUUUACGCCUCCUCCUGGGCUUCCUGGUCUUAGCCAAAGUCUUGCUCCCUGGGCAUCGUGGUGGCUGGAGCAAAUGUCAUCCAGAGUGGGCCUGGUGGUGUGGAUCUGACCCUCGUCAUGGACAGUUGGUUUGCAUCCUCUGUGUUCCCCCUGGCCCUCGGGCCUCACCCCUCCCCUUUAGGGAUUUGAUCCAAUAUGUGUGCAGCAACAGCCCUCAUCCUCCAACACUCAUUUCCCCAGAGCAAGAGGGCCCAGGGUAUGUGACAGUUGAGCUGUGCUGCACCGUCACUACUCCUGCGUCGUUUCCUGUGGAUACCUGCCCUAUUAGGCCAUACUUGCCUGCACCACUAGGUGGAGGCUCAUGCCGCACAGGAGCUGGCUUGCCCUUCUCAGCCACAGGCCCUGUCUCAUCUCCUUCUGGGCAUCAACAGCCUGAGCUUCCUGGGCCUGAGGUAUGGCUUCAGCUGGCCCCCAGCAGUCAGGACUGCAGCUAACUCCAUGGAGUUCCGCAUGGGCAGCCCCGUAGCCAGAGGACACGGGAAAUGUACUCUGCCAAGGUCUCAAGAGCUGAGAAUCACCUGAGUACCUGACAGCCGAUUUUGCCACACCUUGAGCCCUCUGGAGCUGGGCUCUCUGUAUCUGUGGACAGCAGUUGGGAAAGUGGGGUUCUCCACAUCUGAGAAGCUGUGACUUCCCUUCUGACUGUAGCAGCCACAAAAUGCACACAUCACUGGGAGUGCCCUCUGUUGGCCUCACAGGACACCUGGGUCCAGCUCUGGGUAGCUCUGGACAGCCUAAUUAGCACUGGACCCAGGAAGCCCCACCUGCCCACCACACAGCUUGUCAGAGCUCCUCCUGGCCGGGCCAGGCUAGAUCUGGUGUAUCUUGGUCACCGCAGGCCCCUUCUCAUGGGACACUUUGUGGGACACUUUGCUGUUGCACAGCCACACAGGACCUCCUGCAGAUGUGAUUGGCAAUCCCACCCCCUAGGACACAGUCCCUGCUCUGCUGCCAUGGGGAUGUAGGCCUGAGUGCACUGGAUCCUGGGUAUGAGAAAUAAAGGACUUGGAUACAGCAAACCAGUGCAGUCUCCUGGUUCCACCCAGCUUUGGAUGUGGGUCUGAGACUUGGGGGCUGAUUGGAUGGUAGUGGGGGUAUAGGAUCGGGCCUUCUACAGCCAUGCCAUCCACAGAUCCUGUAGGAGGGAAGUUCAGGGCAGGUCUGCCAACCUUACCCGACCCCCGACCCAAUUCCCAUCCCCACAGCUUCACUCCUCCCCAAUGUCUGCUGCCUCUGGUCUCUGGAUCACAUGUCCCCAAGCCUAGGCAUGCCAAGAUGCUGGCCUUGGUCUACCCAGGCCCUGCAUGUCCCCAUCUCAUACCUGCCUCCCCUCACCCACCUGCCUGGCUUCCCUUCCCAUGUCACUGCCCGUCAUACCUGGCCCCUCUUUCGAGUUCCCUAUUUUCUAGUCUCCACUGACCUCCCCCAACAGAUUGAGCAUUAACGGGUAACAUCCUAAGGAGAGGCUUCCCUCCUGCUGGUGCAGUCGGUUGGCAGGACUGACAGUUCCUCAUGGCCCGACCUGGUGUUCAUGGGGAGUGCUGGGAUGAAGGACUGGUGAAGCCUGUGUUGUCAGCUUGGAGCAGCCCUGGUUAAAUGCAGGUCCCCUUUCUACAUGACCAGAUCUCAGUUAUCUUACUGCUGUUUUCCUAGGUGCUCUGGUGGGGAAGGGUUGUGUCAGAGUUGGACCAAAGGGCGUGAAAAACCACCAGGCCUCAAAGACACGGUACCAAAAAAGCAUGUACUAUCUCUGUUUCACAGUAGUUUUGUAUUGAUUACAUAUUGAAAGAAUAUUUUGGAUAUAUUAGACUAAAUAAAACAAUCAAAA